AUGUUCGUCAAGCUGCCCAGAGAGAAGUUCUGCAGCACACUGGACAGAUUCUGGGCACGGUUUGCACGGACCUGGGAUGUGUUACUGCACGGCAAUCCAGCUGCGGACGUCUUUAGCGCUCUCAAGUUGUCCAGCGGCGGUGAGCUAGGCAUGGGUGUAGGUGAAGAGGAAUCGGGCAGUGGAGAGCGAGAUGUACUGGAAGACCUCACACGACGAACAGAAGGUCUGGUAGAUCUGGUCGUCGCACGAUUCGGAGAUCCUCCACCUACGAAAGACGACUCUUCUGUGAGCGAUGCGGAGGCACUGCCGUGGCUCGGCGGAGGCAACCAUCCCUCUGCGUCUGAUGGCAUUGUGUUUGGUGGUAUCAACGCGAUCACCCGCCCUUCUCUCCGAAAUGUCUCGUUAUGGAUGCGACAGAUCUACACUUACGGAGACUAUGCCUACGGUGUUCGCGACAAUCCUGGUAGAGAAAGACGCAAGCGGAGACGCCCCAAUGUACCCAGGACUGUUGUCAGAGAUGAGCGGGAUGCAGAUGAAGAGCCUCCUGAUGCGAAUGGGCACGGCAAGGGUGUGCACAAUACACAAGGAGUCAGCUCAAAAGACCAUGCUACGCAAAAGUCUAAGCGCAGCAGAGCCAAGGGCAGCCAGAGUGCGCCAGUGUCGGGCGAUCCUUUCACCGGCACUCCAGAUGCAGCACAAGAUGGUCAUCAUCCUGGCAUACCUCCACCCAUCGUUGCAGCGGCGCAACGCUCUCUCAAUAGUGCAACCAGGAACGCUAAGACUGGUCAGCAACAGCAGAGCGUGGACGACUCCAACACGACGCUUGGCAUACCUGAUCAAUAUAUGAAGUACAUGACUUUUGGCUUGAGCACUUUGAUGAAACCAACACGCCCGGAGCCCCCGAAGAGGACCUCGACCAGUAGUUCGGCGACAAUCAAGGCAUCAAAGGAAACGUUGGCUAAGUUCAGGACCACCGAGGCAGUCGUCGAGGACGAUGAGGAGGCUUUGGACAUGACUCAGAUUGACCCAAACCCUGACGGCCAGACAUUACAGGACAAGAUCAUGACACAGAAGCGCCAAGAGGAGAACGGUCUGUUUGUCAUCGGUUUGAAGGGCGAGCUGAGUAACAUUCCUGAGGACCCGGAUGCAAGCAUAGAGGAUAUCGAUGACCAAUCAGACAGGCUUCGCAACAUUCUCAGAACAAUACAGGUCGAAGUCGUACCGAAGCCGACUGAACGUCAGGAUCAAAACGAAUUGCAGCGUACCUUGAGUGACGCCGGCCUUGACGCUGGCACGGACGACCCGCUCAACUACAAGCGUCUGCGAGUACUCGUAUACGUACAUCGACCUUUCAUGUAUUGCUUUCUGUUUGAAAGCAGGGCACACUCGCUCAGCAUUGCGAGCUUCUAUAAAGAGCUCCAUCGCAGCCUUGAACCGAUCCACAGGCCGUUGGUAGCAUCCACGAGCCCAUCACGAAUAAUGCAGCGAAUACAGGAGACGCAGGUCCAAGCUUCAGAGCCGUCCUCUGACACUGCUAGCAUCACUAGCGGAACAACGUCUACGAAAGCGGUUGAAUCGAAGCCGAUAUACGACCUCAUAUAUGACCCGGCAUUACUCACGGUGCACACUACUAUUCCGAACAUUCCUGAUCCGGGAACACCUGCUGCCGAAGGCAUAGUCUCAAGCAAGAAGGAAGCUGGUUUCCUUCAAUCGCAAGAGUGGACGCGAGUCGAAGCAUUGAAUGUCCACAGUCAGAUCCUCAACAGUCUUGCCAGUACACAGCGUAGUCACAGCGAGUACGAAAGGACCAGCAAAACAAGUCGUGGCUGGUGGGUCGUCUGGAUGAAGCUACCACCUUCGAAAACUCGAGACACAUCUGCAGAUGGUGACAAGGUCGGAGCUCGACAAGACGCGGCUCAAGGCCCCGGUAUCGAAGAGUCAGCAUCAUCUUCUGGGUUUCCAGCCACCCUCCGCAAAGAAGAGUCCGACGACACUGUCCAAGCCAGUAUGGAGACAUCUAAGCGAUUUCUCCAAAGCACCAUCACUGCUCAGAAGCCGAAGCCAAGCAUGAACCGGGUUGCGUUCCUCGUCAGGAAGGCGAGUGAUGCUGUGCCGGUGCAGAAGGCUUCUACAACCAGUCGAGCGGCGAGUAGCAUGUGGCAGACUUUGUCACUACGACCUGCGAGCACGAGUGAUGAGGCUACGGGUGGUGCUAAUGCGGGCUGGGGACCUGCUGCGCUUGUGGGUGGCAUUGGGGUUGAUGCGAGGAAGUAUGUUGAGGGGUUGUUACAGCUGAAUCGAUAG